GACAUAAAUUAAUGAAUUAAAAAGGAAAGGGCCAAAAUAAUGUGUUUCUUGGCAGCCCUUGCAUGCACAUGGGUUUGAGGUGCUUGGAUAUUGCUUCAGCCCAAAAAACUAGAUUGCCGAUGAGAUACCGAGGAAUCUAGAUUAUCCUAUCUUUCGCAGCUUUUAUCUUCCGGACCUCGGUCGACGUAUUAAUGACCAUUCAAUUGUUUUGAAAUGAUCUGCGAUUCAACCAUGUUCCUGAAGAUGAGCAUGAUUUUCAGUGAUCAUUUCGGCGUUCAAGCACUCACACGGGAAAGUAAUGGAUAUCGUCUCCUCAUCCUCGCGUUGUGACGAAAGUUUCGUCUCUUCGUCGACAUUUUCAGAGCCCUGUGCUUCGUCAUCCCAGUGUAAAGAAGUGUGUGAAAGUAGUGAUAUCGCGGACGGAUUUUUUUGGUGCGAAAAACUCUUGCGCGAAAAAAAAAUUUUGGUCGGACAAAAUCGUGGUCAGUGUUCGGAGCGAGGAAAGCUCAUCGGCGAGAAAUUGGCUGAAAAUUUCAGCGUCGUGAUCGAACAGUACCAGUUUCAAAUUGAAUCGGAGCUUUUUUUUACCGAUGAAAAAGAGGAUGGUCCUGGCUUUUUCUCUGAAAACGUAAGUGACGGUGCGGCAAGUGACGACUGUGAUUCGGGGGAUCCGGACAGUGACGGCGAGGACGAAGAUAAAUCGGAUAAUGACCUCAAUUUUUCGGAGGCCAGGAAUGCACAGUGCAACCCUGUUGUGUCGUUCGAACUAAAGAAAAAAGUUGUUGAUUUGGCGGAGUUGCACCCUAAAUGGGGGCUGAAAACGUUACAAAGUAAGUGCGCGUUUCUGAAAAGUGCGCGUCAAUUGCGUCUUUGGAAAAGCCAAGUUAGUGCGGGGCUGCAGAAAACAAACUAUGAAAAGUUUACUCUCGUGAAUGACUUUACUUUUCAAAAGUUUAAAGAAGCCCGGGCUUCAAGGCGGCCGGUCACGAACAGGAACAUUCAGCAAUGGGCUAUCGAUGCUGUCAAUUCGUUAGAAAACGCGGAUAGUGUUCCCUUCAAAGCCUCUCAGGGUUGGGUCGACAAAUUCAAAAGGAAGUACAAAAUUCGGCAAAGAAAGGUAACGCGGUACCUCAAAUCGAAAAAUGAACUCGAUGAUGAGGAAAUUGUUGUGCGCGCUGUUUCUUACAUGCUCGAGGCAAAAGACUUGGCGAGGCAAUACAGUCCGGAUUUCGUGCUCAACAGUGAUCAAACGGGGUGCGAAUACCGUUUUAAAGUUGAUCGGACCCUCUCAAACCAGGGGGAAAAAAGUACCGAGAUGUUUUUGGGCAACUUUAACAAGGUAACCCACUCUUACACGGCCCAGUACUGCAUGACGGCAUCGGGAAAACUUUUGCCAAAGGUGUUUUUGUGCAUGCAGGAGAAAGACUAUAAGUUCGGGCCUCUCGUUCAAAAGAAAAUCGACGAUCUCGCG